AACAUCGCCGGCAGUCGCGCGCGCGUCGUCGCAACGAUAACACAUAAUCAGUCGAAUAUAUAAUUCUAUUUAGUUAUACUAGCCAUGGUUACAGCCGGCUUCAAAAUAUUAGUCAAUCUACUAAUCGCUGUAAACAUCCGACACAUACAAGCAUGCCCCCUAGAAGACGUAGAACUCAAAGCAGCGUACAAAUCAGGAGAGAUCCACGACCAAGACCCUCCGAUAACGUUGGAAAAGAUCAAGACUAAGCUGAAAGAGAGUGAGAUCUUCGACUGGGAGGACCCGGGUCUUACUGAGAGGGAGAAGAAAGAGAUGAGCAAGCUGUUUGAUACUGUUGAGAUUAUGACGACAUCGAGGACCCGUCAGCCGUCGAGCGUACAAAAUAUGUUCUCAUCACUACGUUUAGUCGAAAGAGUGGUUAAAAAACAACUGAAAGAGGGGCAGAUUUCUGAAGCUCUAGCUGCUAAAUUCAAUUGGGACAAACUGAUCGCACCCACUACAUCAUUGCAGAAAUUAUUAGAAGCCACUUAUGAUACCAAGGAGUGAAACCUGAUGACAUUCUUGUUUGCAGAUCGAAUCGUCAAAGGCGCGAGAAACCAUCGUACUUAUUGGACAAAACGACCAACAUGAGAAUUUUUAAUAUUCACUAAUUUUUUUUGUGUAGUUGUAGGAUUAAAGUAAGGCUGGGACGCAUCAAUUAGAAGUUAUAGAUCCAUCGAUAUAAUUGUCGAUAUGUUUUUUAUCGAACUGUUAUACAGGACUAUUUUUGUAUGAGACCAUUUGUAUGUUAAUUUAUUUCAACUUUUGUAAGACAUAGGUGAAUUAAAUAUUAUUAUAUUCCUCAUUAAACGAGUAUGUCACAUGACUGGUUGAUAAUAGAUUAAGAUUGAUGCGAAUCAGUAAAUUAUUUUUUAUUUAUUUUUGACUGAUGUACGAUAUACUUUUUUUACUAACAAAUAAAGUGGUGUAAAAA